UGUGCCCGCCUUGUUUAGCUCUCCCAGGUUCAAAACGCCAGCGUUCAGUUUAACAAGGCUUGUACGAGCCGUGUGUAGGUGCGCAAGCAGUACUUCGGUGGCACUGCGUCUCGCCCGUGGGGGAAAUACGAGGAAAGUCGGGGAAAAAAGCAAUAAAAAGGAGGACAGCAAUACUAAAUAGAAGAUUAACUUUACAGGGCUCGGUUGCUCAUCCCACCGUAACAGCACAGAAUCUGAACAGUGCGAAAAAUGGCAGAUCCGAUGACACAGUCUUCACAGAUCUCCUCGUCUCAGGGGUUUGUCGAUGGACAGAACUCUGCUGCCUCGGCCAAAGACUCCAAGUUCUCCGAUUCCUUUCUUUCCUCUUCGCCUGUAUCUCUCAUUCAGUCUCCUCAAGACGGAAGGGCAGGAAAAGGCUCUGGCACACCUUCAGAAGGUGUGGCCACCUCCCUCCGUUUCUCUUCUCAGCCUGGCUCCUUUUCUCCGGUCACUUUCGGGAACCAAGCACCGGGACCGGCGGGCGGAGGAGCUAAUCGCUUUCUCAAGGACCAGGAGAAAAAGACAGAGGUCUGCGGGGUUGAUCCCGUCUUCGGCAGACGUUCCGAUCCAGUUACGCAGGGCUUCCGUGGGGGCACGACCUCAAACCCCAGCCCCUUUGAUCAGGACUCCCCCAUAAAAACAUCCCCAGUUUCCGAGCGAAUCAAAGCUCUCGAGGCCCUGGCGGCGAAACAGAGUGACGGCGACUCGUGGAACGACGGGGGUUUCCUUCACUUUAAGGAACGUCACUAUGAGAAAUCUCCUACCGAUGCACCCACAGAGGUCUCCUCUGUCCAGAAGAAGGAAGCCUCCCCAGAGCAGGACUCUCCCGAGUCGCCCUUCGAAGUCCUGGGAGAGACGCGGCGCGGGAAUGAAUUUGAAGACACAGCGGACUGGAUGCGAGCUCACCUACCGCCGGCACCAGAGUUUGGAGCUGAAGUCCCAGACCUGGAGGAGAGCAAAGAGGCAUCUGAUUUUCUCCUGUCCGAGGCCGGCCAAUCUGGAGAGGUUGUGAUGGCGGUGGGUGUUCCCGAUGCUUUCAUGGACACUCAAUGUGGAGCGUCCCAGCUGAAUGAGCCAGAGAAGCAAGCCAGUGUAGAGGAGGAGUCAGAAUUUGACCUCAGCUUUUUGCCCACCGCCUACAUCUGGGAGAAGCAGGAGAAGACAGAAGGUGAGGCUGAAGGGCCUCCCAGCCUCCCUGUGAUGCAGGAACCAGAGCCUCCUGCCCCACCUGCAGGGUUUGAGUCCACCCCUCCCCCUCCCACUCCUCCAGCCACUAAACCCCCAGCUGCAGAGGUCAAGCCCGCCGUCUGGAGCCAAGAUACGGAGCCCGCGGAGGUCCUGGAGGUGGACAGCUCAGGGGAGUCAGACGACACCGUGAUUGAGGACGCUGCCUCCGUUCCUGCUCCUGUGCCAAGUGCUCCCUCUGCUGAGGCUGCCUCUGCCAUCCCCGAAGAGAAAGAGGCUCAGCUGUCCAAGCCUGCACCCCCUGUGCCAGCCAAGCCAGAGAAGCAGCCCAUGCUGGUGCCCAUCAUUAACGUGAUUGAGACGGAUGAGCAGGUCCGCAGUGAUGAUGAAGUGGAGGUUGAGGUGGAGGAGGAGGAUGAAGGCUAUCAGGUUGUCAAAGACCCCAGUAAGGAGGCACCCCAGCACCCUGACACCAAGCCAGAGGUCUCUGGGUCAGUAGCACAGGAUGACUCUGUUGUGGAAAGCAUUCCUGGAUCCUCGGAGAUCAGCACCACUGAGCCCAAACCCCAAGAGGAUAAUUCUCUGCCGUCUAUGACCAGUUCUGACCAGUCACCUCAACACCAGUACCUCAAAGACGACUCUCGGCCUGAGAGUCCAAUUUCUGCUGCUGAAGAUCUUUCAAAUGAUCUUUCAAUAGCACAAGGUGCUCCAGGUUCAAAGGGUCUAGACUUUGAUGUUGAUCAGGAGCAGGUUCCAACAUCUGAGGAAAUGCAGACACAGAGAGACCUUCCUGAAAAGUCUUCCCUUUACAGAGCAGACUCCUGGGAUGAUGAAAUUAUUGAUGAAUCGGCUGAUUUGGUAGGUCGUUAUGAAGACCUCUCAAGGGAGAUUCGGCCUGGUUUCCUUAAUUCUGAUGCCAACGAUGAUGCUGCACAGUACCCAUCCCCUGGCCUAUCCCUCUCCUCAACUGAGAAAGCCAAGCCUAAUUUGGUGCAGGAGGAUCUUUUGCCAACAUCCUCACUACCAACAGAGCCGUCAAAACCAAGCACAAUGCAGGAUGAUCUUGACACUAACGAGCACAUUCCACUGACUGCUGAAGAACCUAUUGUGGAGACCUCUGAGCCAGCGCUGAAGGGUAAACCAAUGGAGACUGAGCCUAGCUUGGACACCAAAGCUUCUUCCUUUGAUUAUGAACCUCAGAGUUGCAUUAAUUCUUCAGUUCACCAAGCACCCAUGCCCAGUGCAGAAAGUACCAUCGCAAAGGCACCAGCUGACUUGGGUGAUGCCAGCGCCAUGGAUGCUGAAGAGUCCCUCCCCAAGCCUGUUGGAGGGCAGCCUUCCCCACGGGAUCCAUGCUCUCGCCUCUGGAAUGAACCUCAGGUUAUGGUCCUGGAGCCGACUGGACUUGAGCCAAAUGAGGACAUCUCAGCUGUGCCGGUGACUACCACUGAGAAGACGCUCCGAGAAGAAAUGACAAACCAGCGCUUUGAGGGUGCCUCAUCUGCUCAGGACUCUGAAUUGAUGUCCAGCGUGGUGGCAAAACAGAGGGAGACCAGAGUCGGGGAGAACUCCCCGGAGACCAUGAGUGACCCAGAGAGCAUAGAGCCAGAGUGCUCGGUGUCCGCCGCCACCGACAGCUUUGUGGAGUUCAUGAGGGAGUGCCUGAAGUCGAGGCAAGAGGAAGAGCAGGAGGAACUUGGACUCCACUUUGCGGUCAGGGAUGAGUCCCUGAAGACGGGCGCACCACCCUCGCAGCCCCCCCCAGCCAUGGUUCUGGAUGUGGAGCAGGAGCGCCUCACCAUCCGUGCCCUGAAGGAGCUGGGGGACAGUCAGGAAGAGGAGGAGAACAUCUCCCACCAACACGCCUCUAAUCCCCAAACCCCUGCCACCUCUGCUCCUCUUCCUCCAUCCCCCUCCCGCAGCCCUCCUUCUGAAACAUCUGUGGCCAAAAUGGCGGAGGAAGUCGACAUGUGGGUGGCAGAAGCGUACCAUCUUGCAGAGCAUGUCUUGGCAGCAAUACUAACCCACCUGUCAGUGAAGGAACUGGUGCACUGGCGAGACCCCAAGAAGUCGGGCGUGGUGUUCGGCACCUCCCUGCUGCUGCUGCUGUCCCUCGCGGCCUUCAGCGUCAUCAGUGUGGUGUCCUACCUGCUGCUCGCCCUGCUCUGCGUCACCAUCUCCUUCCGCAUCUACAAGUCCGUCAUCCAGGCCGUUCAGAAGUCCAACGAGGGGCACCCCUUCAAGGAGCUGAUGGAGAAGGACGUUAGUGUGCCCCCUGAGACCUUCCGCAAGCAUGUGGACGCCUGCCUGUCCCACGUCAACCGUGCCCUCAAACACAUGAGCCGACUCUUCCUGGUGGAGGACCUGGUGGACUCCCUCAAGCUGGCAGUUCUGAUGUGGCUGAUGACCUAUGUUGGCGCUGUCUUCAACGGCAUCACCAUCCUAAUUCUAGCUGACAUCCUCCUCUUCACUGUGCCACUGGUAUAUGAGAAGAACAAGACCCAGAUUGAUCAUUAUGUGGAGGUUGCUCACACUCAGAUCAAUACCAUGAUUUCCAAAUUACAAGAGAAGCUUCCCGGAGCAGUGAAGCGCAGUAAAGUUGAAUAAUCGUCCCAGACCGCAUACCCCCCCAGCCACCUCGACCGCCACCUACACCGCCCCCCCUCCCAUACUCCACCCCCUCCCAUC